CUCCUGACGGUAGUGGAAAACAGAUUUGGAAGAGGAAGUCUCUGUGCCUGACUGCAGUCUUCAACAGGAAAGAACUCCCUCUCAUGCCUUGUGCAUCUCAUAUUCUGACAAGUGGACCAUCUGUAAUUCCCUUCAAGUUGCAGGGGACAUUUCUGAUUCAUCUCCUUUAGGCUUGCAGGACUGCUCAACUUUUCCUUCACGUUUUUUUUUUACCCUCACCUCUUUAAAUUAAACAGUUUUCUAAAGAUGACUUGGACGGCAAACAGUUGUUUUGUCACUCUGGCCAUCCUGUUUCUGUGGCGAGUGGAAGAAAUAGCAGAAGCCUGCAGCUGUUCACCAGUGCAUCCUCAGCAGGCGUUUUGCAACUCAGAUGUCGUUAUCAGGGCAAAGGUAGUUGGAAAGCAGUUGGUUGAUGUUGGCAAUGACAUCUAUGGAAACCCCAUCAAGCGUAUCCAGUAUGACAUCAAACAAAUCAAGAUGUUCAAAGGUCCCACCCAUGUUAUCGAUGCUAUCUACACUGCUCCCAUCUCUGCAGUGUGUGGAGUGACUCUGGAGAAUAAUGGCAAGGAGUAUCUUAUCACAGGUAAACUGGAGACUGACGGGACGAUGCAUAUCACACUGUGUGACUUCAUUGAGCCCUGGGAGGCCAUGAGUGCCACCCAGAAGAAGAGCCUGACUCAGCGCUAUGAAAUGGGCUGUGAUUGCAAGAUCACCCGCUGCACCUCCAUACCCUGCAUGAUCAGCAGCCCGGCGGAGUGCCUGUGGACGGACUGGGUGAUUGAGAAGACAGUCAAUGGAGGGCAGGCCAAACACUUUGCUUGUAUCAAGAGGAGUGAUGACUCUUGUGCCUGGUACAGAGGGGAAGCACAACCUAAAAGGGAUUUCCUGGAUAUCGAAGACCCUUAACUCCACCACUGUCCAGUAGUCUGAGGAUGUCUUAGAUAGUAAGAUACAAAUACCAAAAACACAAAUAAAUACACAAGUCAAAUUCUUAUUUUGUUUUAGCCAUAAUGUGUGUGCUCUGUGGUGAGAUUGUUUUUAUUUGCAGGAUUUAGUAUGUUUUUAAUCAAGCACUUUUAGACACUUCUACCCCUAAAUCCAAAGAACUUCCUCAUAAACCACUUCUCCUUCAGCUUUUUUUCAGCUAUUAAUUUACCUUUUGAAGCAAAGGUAUUGUUUAGAGUGAACUAUAAUUCUAUAAUGCAACACAUACACAGCUAUAACUCAAAGUGUAACAAUUCUGUGAAUCUGUGUGUUCAUGAAUAACAUUAGCUGGCAAUCGGGGCCUUCAUCUGUGACAGCAGAGCUAUCCGGGAACUGGUGCCACCUGUUGCCUGUCCUACAUAAGAUUCUUUCUUGUACUAAGAAUGCAAAACUCUUCCCCUCUGUUUUUUUUAAAGGUGUUCACUUAAGCACAAUCAGUGCUUUUGCUAUUUGUUUUCUUUAAAUAAUCCUGAAUAGACAAGAAAGCACUUUGAACACAAUUGCCACAGUAGUCAUAUUUUGUCUCUUAUGAAAAAUGUCUGAAAAGAGGAUUGAAUCCUCCAUUUUGUAUUUUUUUUUUUUAUAUUACUGCUCUUCUCUUUGUAAUGCUUUAGUGUAAGAACAUAUUUUAUUUAAGGUUAUAUGAUCCAACAUAUUCUAUUGAAAAUAGACCACAUUUUGAUACGUUUUGUGACUAGUGACAACAUUGGUAUUGUAUAAAGAGAAGACCAACUAUUUUAACAGUUUUAUAAAAAUACACACAUUUUAUGUUCAGGUCAAAUUGUAAGCCUAAAUGUUAACUGUCUGACUGGCUCGUCCUUUAGGACAGUGGGUUAAAGAACAUAUUGUAACCAAUCAUUCAUUUACGCUACAUGCAGAGCCUUUGAUAUUAUAUAUGACUUUAAUGAUUAAUAUAAAAGUGUAAAAAGAUUCCUUAUUUGAAACUGUAGUCAAGUAUGAUGUCUUGUGCUGGUUUCACAUGAGACUUUUGAGAUGAUUUUGCAUGCAUGUCCAGCUGAAACAAUACUGUACAUUUGACUAUUAUAUUAAAUGCCAAACCCUG